UAAUUCAAAUUGAUUUCCUCCUGUCUGCAGUCACGAUGAAUACCAGCAGACAGCUGACUGGUUGAUGUCUCAGACGAAGCACCGCCCCCAGGUGGCAAUCAUCUGCGGGUCUGGACUGGGCAUGCUCGCUGACACCCUCAAAUGUCAGGAUUCCUUCCCGUAUAGUGACAUACCGGGCUUCCCACAGAGCACAGUGAAAGGUCAUGCAGGUCGGCUGGUUUUCGGGGAGCUGAAGGGGAAGACAUGCGUAUGCAUGCAGGGUCGCUUCCACAUGUAUGAAGGACACUCACUCUGCAAGACAACGUUUCCAGUUCGAGUCUUCAAACUGUUGGGGGUUGAGACUCUGAUCGUGACGAAUGCUGCCGGCUCAUUGGCAGAUGGCCUCCAGCCUGGUGACAUCAUGAUCAUCAAAGACCACGUCAACUUCCCCGGACUGGUUGGUCUGAAUCCACUGAGUGGACCCAACGACGAAAAGUUUGGGCCUCGUUUCCCAGCCAUGUCAGGUUGCUAUGACAAAGGCCUGCGUUGCCUAGCGAAGGAGAUCGCCAAGCAGCUGGGCGUGGCCGGCCUCAUGCACGAGGGCGUGUACGCCAUGGUGGGUGGGCCAACCUUUGAAACCAUCGCUGAGGCCAGACUGCUGCAUCGACUGGGGGUGGACGCUGUCGGUAUGAGUACGGCUCCUGAGGUCGUCAUGGCGACUCACUGCGGUCUGAGAGUUUUCGGCCUUUCUCUGAUCACCAACAAGGUGGUGAAGAGUUACGAGGAUUCGGACAGCGUGAACCAUGAUAGCGUCUUGGAGGUUGGCCGUCUGCGCUCUCAAACUGUGCAGCAGCUGGUGACCGAACUGAUCAGCAGGAUGGAGAUCAAUAACAACAACACCCCCGAUAAUGCUGUCUGAACACAAACACACACGCACACACACACACACACACACACACACACACACACACAAACACACACACACACAAAGAAGUAGUAUAAGAAUAUUACCUACACACAGCAAAAUA